ACCAAAACAAAACCACACGUACAAACCUCUACUUCACGUCUUCACCACUCAACUAAGCUAGCUAGGGUCAUAGCCUCACAACUAACACAGCACACACACCAAGUGGCAGCUAACAGGUAGCUAGCUAGUUUCUUCAUUUGUACGUGCAUGCACAUAGCCGCCCGGUACGGUGUAACGACGACACCAUGAAGGUGAAGAUCACGAGCUCCAAGAUCGUGAAGCCGGCUCACGGCGGCGGCCGCGCGGCGCCGCCGAGCGCCGACGAGAGCGUGCCGCUGAACGUGUUCGACAGGGUGACGUACGACGUGCACAUUGCCGUCAUCUACGCGUUCCGGCCGCCGACCCCACCGAACGCGGCGCUGGAGCAAGGGCUGGCGCGGGCGCUGGCCGUGUACCGCGAGUGGGCGGGUCGCCUCGGCGACGGGCCCGACGGCCGGCCCGCCGUGCUGCUGAACGACGCCGGAGCGCGGCUCGUGGAGGCCGCCGUGGACGCGCCGCUGGCCACGUCGAUGCCGUUCAAGCCGUCGCCGGAGCUGCUGCGGCUGCACCCCAGCAUCGUCGCCGGCCGCGUGGAGGAGCUGGUGCAGGUGCAGCUGACGCGCUUCGCGUGCGGGUCGCUGGUGGUCGGGUUCACGGCGCACCACCGCGUCGCGGACGGCCAGGCCACGGGCAACUUCCUCGUGGCGUGGGGCCUCGCCACGCGCCGGCUGCCCGUGGAGCCGCUCCCCGUCUGCGACCGCGCCACCCGGUUCCUGCCGCGCGGAACGCCGCUCGUGGAGUUCCCGCACCGCGGCACCGAGUACUACCUGCCCGUGCCGCCCGCCAAGAAGCGCGGCGACGACGACGACGACGAGGGCAUCGGCGGCGUGGCUCACGACAAGAUCAAGGUCCACAAGGUGCUCUUCACCAAGGAGUUCGUGGCGCGGCUCAAGGCGCGGGUCUCGUCGGGCGUCCCGCCGCCGACGCAUCAUCACCAUCAUCAUCACCGGCGCGGGCACUACAGCACCUUCGAGAGCGUGGUGGGGCACCUGUGGCGCGCGGUGACCGCGGCGCGGGGGCUGGGCGCCGGCGAGACCACCACUCUCCGCAUCUCCGUGAACGGGCGGACGCGGAUGCGUCCCCCCGUGCCGCACACCUACUUCGGCAACGUGGUGCUGUGGGCGUUCCCGCGGUGCGACGCGGCGGACCUGGUGUCCCGCCCCGUGCAGCACGCCGCGGAGCUGAUCCGCCGCGCCGUGUCGCGCGUGGACGACGCCUACUUCCGGUCCUUCAUCGACUUCGCGUCGUCGGGGGCCGUGGAGCGCGAGGGGCUGGCGACCACCGCCGACGAGUCGGAGGUGGUGAUGUGCCCGGACCUGGAGGUGGACAGCUGGCUGGGGAUCAGCUUCUACGACCUCGACUUCGGCGGCGGGGGGCCGUUCCACUUCAUGCCGUCGUACCUGCCCAUGGAGGGCACCAUGUUCCUGCUGCCCUCCUUCCUCGGCGACGGCGGCGGGAUCGAGGCCUACGUGUCGCUCUUCGAGGGCCACCUGGAGGAGUUCAAGCGGAUAUGCUACAAUAUCGCCUGAUCCAACCACGCACUACUGAUCAUCGAUCCGCCGCGCACGGCCGCCAUGAAUGAUCAUCGAAUAAGAAAAAUAGUAAUUACUACUAGGAAUUUAAUUACCAACAACAUCUUUUUCAUCAAGAAAUUACCAAGAACAUCAUCCAGCCACAUCGUGGUCGCUUGAUUAGCAUCGAUCGGCUCGUAAUCCUCCAUUUGAAGUAACGUUUGUUUGAUUUAUUUUUUUUAACCUUUGUCGUAUCGUUUAACCUUUGCGUCAGGCACGCAAUGGGCGGUGGAAAGCAGCAACAGGACAUACAAUGUGCUGGCUAUGCACGUACGUAAGCGAGGAAGGGUUGAAUUUUUGUCGUGCAAUGAGGAGUAUAAGAUUAUAUGUACUCCUGUAUAAUGUUUGCCUAGUUUUGUAGUACAACAUCAUGCCUCUAGUGCUGUUGUAAUAACUGUCGUGAUCGCACAGCACACAGGAC